CAAUAUGCAUCUUAGUUUCAUAUUUCUCAAAAAAAUGCAUCUUAGUUUCAUAAAUUUCAUAACAAAAAAGUAGUAAUUCAAUAAUCAAUAUAAGAAUCAAUAUGGAAUAUCUAAUCAAGAGAAGAGGAAGCGAAAAAAACACAAAUUGUUGUGUAUAGAUUCUGCUCACGAUAUUUCAUAGAGAAAAAUAUCAUAAAAAUUAUUAACCGACAAAAGGGAACGAUAAAGGGGAAAAUGCAUCAAUUUGAACCUAAAAUGAGAGGAACUAAUAUCCUACACCAUCAUACAAUAAUGAUAUAUUAUAUCCCAAAAUAUAAUUACAAAAAUCUAUCUAAACGAAAAAGUAUACUAAAUUGAAUCCAAUGUGUAACGAUGAAGAUAUAUAUUAUAUCCACCUAAUAAAUAAUACAUUAAGCCAUGUUUCUUAGAGACCUCUCUCGAUAGAACCACUCUAUGAUAAAAAAACCAUUUCGUCAAACAAUUGUAUCAUAUGAGUUUUAACUUACAAUUUAAGUGCUUAUAAUUAGCUAUUUCAGCUCAUAAAUGAAUUAAUUAUACCAUUUAGUAAACAAAAUUAUAAACUUGAGAGUUAUUUUUUUUUGUUGUUAAAUCAUUUUAACUAAAGUAAGAAAGUGCUUCAGAACUGUUACUUCAUUCAUCAUUAUUAAAAAUCUGUGUUUAUUAUAACGUCUAAGCGAGCUAGGAGAUAGACAAAUGGCCAAUGACCACCUUACGAUUAACGUGUUGCUGAACGUCAGUAAUUAUAGCAAACUUUGAGAGCAUCUUAUAAAUUUGAUCACUUCUAUGGGGUAUAAUUGAUUACAUCCCGAAACUGAUCAAUCAAUGAGUCUUUCAAUAUGAUUUUGAUAAGAUGUCCCCUACUGCACAAUUAGUAUGACUAAAUUGUAAUAAGAUAAUCAUGUAUUGAAUAUUAAUUGAUAGCGCAAAAGAUCGUACUAACUCAAGUAGAGUUUUAGCUACUCAGUACUUCAUAUUCACAUGUAGAUAGAUAAUUCAAAGAGUUCGAAUAUUGAUUGAGUUUGUUGAACUUUACCUAACAAAACUAUGAUAUCAAUCGCAAGAUAUGAUGCUUUUUCGAGAAAUUGUGAGAAUAUGUUGGAGACAUCAAACAUAACAUGGAUACCGUUGAAUUUAAGUGAUAAGCAACAUUUAUAGUUAAUAGAUUAUACAUGAAAAAAAUAUUAAUCAUUCCCAUAGGUUGGUAGGAAGCAGUGAAUAAUUAGGAAUGAAAAGCUAGAAACAUUAGUUGAUUUAACAAAUAACUAUAAAAAAUAUUGAAAAAAAGAAAAUAAAAGCUUAGAGUGUAUGCAUGAGAGUGUUACAUUAAAUCAUCAAACAGAAAGCAAGUAAUCAUUAAUAAUUAGUUGUGGAUAUUGAAAUAGUUUACUAAGCUGAAUACUAUAUACUGAUGAUUAAUAAUUGGAACUUAGCUUGAACAUUGCAUCAUAUUGAUAAAAAAUUAUUUCAUUAAUUACAAUGCUGAAAUAAGGGGUCGUAUAUGGAAGUCUUUAUUGUUUUUGUGAGAUUUUUAAUAUACAUUCUUUUUCAUAAUAUAAUACAUAUGUUUUUAUUUUUAGCAUAGAUAGUCAAGCUAGUGGGUUUUCGUGUUUGUCAUGUUUAUUUUUCUUGAAAUGUACGGUGUCAGUGUUCUUAUGUCGUCAUUGAACACUUCAAUUCAAUGUACAAUAUUCCAACCAAUGAUAUUUGUAUUGAGAUUUUAAAAUUAUCAUUCAUUUAUAAGUUAGAAAAAAUUCUAAAGUACUUAUUAAAAUAUGAAAAUAUAAGUAUCAAACUACUCAAAAUACAUACAGGAGACUUAGAGGGCUAGCUAACCGUGAUACAAAUGUACUAUGCUUUUCAGAUUUUAACUUCCUGUAUGUUUUGUAUUAGUUAAAGACAACAAAUGUGUCUAGUUUAAUUGGUUAUAAUUCUUGUCUUUGAUGAGAGAGACCGUGGUUCAAAUCCUAGCAUUGAUAUAUUUUUAUAUGAAAGAAAUAGUGAUUGUAUAGACGAAAAUAUCAUUCCUACUUUCACUCUCGUUGCAGGAAAUUUGAAAUGGAGCAAAUCAAACUUUAUAACAACGGUGUAUAGAAUUGGGGAUCUUUAAGUAUCUAGCAUUAUCAUCAUUCAAACACUAGAAGGUUGUACUUCCCCUCUAAUGCAUGCCUAAUGAUGAUGCCUACUACAGGAGAUUAGCUUUCUUGUCUCUCGUGAUAGUAGUAUAAUCAACACACAUAGUAACAUUCAUAAUAGAUUCAUAGACAUAGAACAAUCAAAACAUCAUAUGAUAAAGAACAUCAAUAAUCACAGACAAUAUAUUAUUAAAGCAUGGAUUCAGUAAAGCAUCAAAAGCAACAAGCAUCGAUGAACCAAACCAUAGAACGAAAUGAGCAUCUCAUUGAGUCAUUGAAAGCAAUGCAUAAACAUGAUAUAAUUCACAACAUUAAACCGAUCGACUAGCACUCCAAAGAGAAGUAGAACAACAUCACUAUUGAUACAUGCAUCGAUGGUGAAUGCUCCUCCUUUGAAUUCUAGCAGCAAUUCUCUUUUCUACAAUUUGCUACUCGUGCCUCUAGAGCAGAGUGUUGGUAAAAAUGUGUUGCGUUCAUAAGCUCUAUAAUAGCCUCCUAUUUAUUGUAGUUACAUAAGGGGGGGGGGGGUCUAGUCUUUUUCCUCCUAAAAUCUGUCAAAUCCUUCCUUGUACGACUAAAACUCGAAUGUCUUCGACUUAGAGACAAAGUAGCUUCUGAUUUUUAGCUUGGGAUGGGUUGCUUGUGGGUCAAGUGGCUCCUCCUCUAAUUUGUAGAGCGUCCACUAGUAAGAAAAUAUCUCGUGGGUCUUGGUAAAAGUCAGGCCUGUUGCACUACAUAUCUGCUUAUUUUGGUUAUACAGUGAGCAUCCGAUGUCCAAAUUCAUCUUUGUUUGAGUGCAUGAGCUUGUAUUCUUAUCCUCCUUAUGAUCCAUUAGGUUCCUUGGUGAUCCAUAUUCGUAUUAAUUGGUAUAUAACCUUGAAAAAACACAAAACAACACCAUAAAGGCAUCAAAUAGCAUGGUCCAUGAAACCGUACCGGAGACCGUACCGGAAAAGUCAGCGAUAGGGUAUUUUAUGACAAAACCGUAGUUCAACCGUUAGUACCGUUAAAUACCGCCUAUCGGUUUACCCUCUGAUACUGGUAUUUUGUGGUUGAACCGUCGGUACGAUACGGUUUAAUGGACCAUGUCAAAUAGUACUAAACUACUCUCAAGGUAUAUCUUACACUCAUUAAUCAAAUAGUUGUGAAUUUCAUAUGAAAUAUAAUCAAAAUUACUAGAGAUGCAUUGAUAGAAGGGAGAAUGUAUCAAAUAUGAGAGUGAACACUAUAAAUUGACGGGUCGUUUGUUUCAUGGAUUUGAAAAAUGAGGGUUUUGGUAAAACCUGGGUUUUGGAAAACCAUGGAUAUAUGAUGGAUUUGGUGGCAUUAUGGAUUUGAACAAGUCUAUUGUUUGCUUGAUGGAUUUGAUGAUGGACUUUGUUUGAUUAGAUUUGUGGAUAUUAAAUACAAAUUACCUAGUUACCCUUAUUUAAUUAUAUUUCUAUAUUAUAAUCCAAAUCUUUCAUUUAAAACUAAUCCAAAACAUAGAAAGAAAUUUUAAACUCUUUACCACUUUGUGGAUUAAUAAUUCAACUACAAAUAUAGAAAUGUAUUACAAUUUGGCACUAAUUAACAAGUCAUCUAAUAAUGUACGCAAUAUUAUGUAUCAAUUGCAGCCAAUUGCUCGCUUUAUUGCUACAACUCAUCAUCUUCUUGCUAACUCACCGAUGUGGAAUCCGACAAGACAAUUAAUCAAAUAAUAAUGUACAAGAUGAGCAUAAAGUGUUUCUAGGUGAAUCUAACAAAUCACAUAUACAUUCAUAUUUAAAUAAAAUAUGAUAUUACAAAAUGAAAUGAUAAAUUCUCAUAUUUAUAAAAUACGAAAUUAUAAAAGUUUACAGUUGCAUGACCAUUGAAUUAAAGUAGGACAAAUUUGUAAUUAAGAAAUAAUUAAGGUUAGAAAGGUAAUUUACCAUCAUGGAUUUUAAUCCAUCACCCAAAUCCCACCUCAAGAGGUGGAACUUCCAAGUCCGUGGAGUCCACGGAUUUGGAACCCCAAAAGAGGUGGGCCCCACAAAUUCCAUAUCCCUAAUUCCCUAAAGCAAACGAUGGAUUUUGGUUCAAGUCCAUGAUGGAUAUAUUUCCAUGACCAAAUCCAUCACCAAAACCCUCAAGCAAACGACCCCUGAGUGUCAUCAGGAUUCAUGCUGACAAGGAGCGUGACAAGGAGCAUGAUUUACCAAAACAGCCAAGUCAAGAUCUUGUAAACCUUACUUGUCCUCUAUAGAUUACCGAUGUUUUAUGCUCCGUUUUGUGGAUUUAUUGUUUUUGGAAACUUUACAUUGUAGUCGAAAGUGGUGUGGCUGAAUGAAUAAUGCUAUAACUUAUUUGAAAUGCUCUAUUAUAGAUAUCAUGAGGUUGAUAAAUCAUUUUGAUCUCCUUCUCAUUAAACCGUCACCUAACCUUCAUGACCAACUCUUCAGGGAUGGAGCCAAGAAUGGAGUGUUGGGGGGGAGGGGGGCGAAAUUUAGUGCAUGAAAAAAAAAUACAAUCACUAAAAAAAGGCAUAAUUUUGAUCUAUCACCUACAAAAUUGAAUUUUCAACUUCGAAAAGAUUGUUUUUAAAAUUUUAACUUAAAACCUAAAUUCCAAUAUACGUGCAUAAUUUGAAUGAUCUUAAUUUAAGUAAAUAACAAAGGCACAAAAUGAUAGCAACCCAACUUCCACUAUAACGUUAUAAUAAUAUUAACAUAAUAUCAUAUUGAGAUGUGAUUAUUUCUACUCUCUGAUUGACUAUACUUAGUAAAUGAAGGAGAAUAUGCGAUUUGAUAAAUUAGGGUUGAGAUCUGGGUCCCGUUAAAGAAUUGGAACAAUGGUCGAAUGAACUACUAACACGAAUUGUAAAGUUGAUUGAAUCCUCGGUCUGGUCCGAUAAACCACAAUUCGAACCAAAUAAAGACACCAGAACAUCAGUUGGCGGAGAGCGGGCUUGCUGAACAUGUGGGCUGAGUAUUUUGGUUCGGUUUCUCGGUGCGUUUAUUCGGAAAUCAAUUCGGUAGAUCAUUGUUCCUGAAUUAGACAUUUUUGCCUUCCAACUUCCAAACACUUCUGCGAUUGGACACUAAUCUUGGUUUGAACCAGGAAUCGGUUAAACCGAACUGAAUUACCACCCCAACCAAUAGGGCAAAAACUGAAAAAAACGUGACGUUCCUAUCACUUUGAUUUUUUAAUAAUAAAAAGAAUUAAGGCGCCCUUUCUUCUUCUAAUAGUUUCCACUCUCCCUCCGUUGUUGACGACGGGGAGACCAUUCGGUUAGUGCUCUCCCGUUUCCCUGAAAAUGGAAGUAAUCCUAAAAGAAAAUUAAAGAAAGUGAUUCUUGGUGUAGCCAUGGAGGAAGUUUGAUUACUCACGACUCCCGCAUUUCAUACUAAGUUAGGUUCCCCGCUGAUUUUCUUUCACGCAGUAGAGCGGCCUAAAAUUUCGACGCGAUUUGCAGGUACUCCGCUCGCCGAAGGAACAAUGACGGUGGUUCCGGACGGCCUCUGCUCUGUCGCCGAAGUGGAUAACCUCGAUAAGUUGCUAGACAAGCCGCCGAAGCUGCGGGUGAACAUUGACCGGCAGCGAUCUUGCGACGAGAGGUCACUGAGCAGCGAGCUCACCAACGGCCACGCGGAUGCAGUGCACUCGCCGCCGGGAACGGCGCGAAUGUCCGGCCUCGAUGCUCCGGGGACACAGUUCGCCGCCGGAAUCGAUUCGCAUCCUUACGUGGUGGAAGCGUGGGCCGCGCUGCGGCAUUCUGUGGUCUUCUUCAGGGGACAGCCGGUCGGGACGAUUGCUGCUUCGGACAACACCGAGGAGAAUCUAAACUACGAUCAGGUGUUCGUGCGAGAUUUCAUACCUAGCGGGCUGGCAUUUCUUAUGCAUAAAGAGCCAGAGGUAGUCAAGAACUUCAUUCUGAAGACCCUACGCCUUCAGUCCUGGGAGAAAAAGAUCGAUAGGUUCCAUCUUGGAGAAGGAGUUAUGCCUGCCAGUUUCAAGGUGCUACAUGAUCCAGUAAGGAACUACGAGACUCUGAUGGCUGAUUUUGGCGAGAGUGCAAUUGGUAGGGUUGCUCCUGUUGAUUCUGGGUUCUGGUGGAUCAUACUGCUAAGGGCAUACACCAAAUCUACUGGGGAUACUUCAUUGGCUGAACUACCAGAAUGCCAAAAGGGAAUGCGGCUUAUUCUGAGUUUAUGCCUUUCAGAGGGGUUUGACACAUUCCCUACUCUUCUUUGUGCUGAUGGGUGCUGCAUGAUUGAUCGGAGAAUGGGUGUUUAUGGGUAUCCAAUUGAGAUUCAAGCGCUUUUCUUCAUGGCAUUAAGAUGUGCUUUGGUGUUGCUGAAACAAGAUGAGGAAGGGAAGGAGUUCAUGGAAAGAAUUGUCAAACGCCUUCACGCCUUGAGCUAUCACAUGAGGAGUUAUUUUUGGCUUGACCUCAAGCAACUCAACGACAUAUAUCGGUACAAAACCGAGGAGUACUCCCAUACUGCAGUCAAUAAGUUCAAUGUGAUGCCUGACUCGCUACCAGAAUGGAUAUUCGAUUUUAUGCCCAGUCGUGGUGGUUACUUCAUUGGAAAUGUCAGCCCCGCAAGGAUGGACUUCCGUUGGUUUUGCUUGGGAAAUUGUGUGGCCAUUCUGUCAUCCCUCGCCACCCCUGAACAGUCCACGGCAAUCAUGGAUCUAAUAGAAGCGCGAUGGGAGGAGUUGGUUGGCGAAAUGCCCCUCAAAGUAUGUUAUCCUGCCAUAGAAAGCCAUGAAUGGAAGAUUGUAACAGGCUGUGAUCCAAAAAACACAAGAUGGAGCUACCACAAUGGAGGAUCCUGGCCAGUGCUUCUGUGGCUGCUCACGGCUGCAUGCAUCAAGACAGGGCGUCCACACAUUGCAAGGCGCGCAGUGGAACUUGCUGAGUCGAGACUGAUAAAGGACAGCUGGCCGGAGUACUACGAUGGGAAGCUUGGGAGAUACGUCGGGAAGCAGGCUCGUAAGCACCAAACAUGGUCCGUGGCAGGGUACCUGGUGGCAAAGUUGAUGUUGGAAGACCCUUCUUACCUGGGUAUGGUGGCACUUGAGGAGGACAGACAUGUGAAGCCUGUGUUGAAGAGAUCAAACUCUUGGACUUGCUGAAGCCAUCCGUUGGUUAUGAUCCAUCCUUUAGCGUCGACCGAAGAUGAUCGCGUAGUGAUGCAAAUCUAUAGAGAUGAACCAUUCUGUUGAGUCAUUUUCACAUUUGUAAGUAGCAGUAACGUUCCAAGUUCCAACUGUCUGAUUCCAUUGAGCA